AACUGUUGUAUUGCAAGAAGUCCCGCGUGAUUAUGUUUACGUGACGCCUUUACUUAUGACAUAUAUAUUUCUCUCAGACUCUGUGAUAGCUUUUUUCUAUAUACUUACUUUGUUAAGUGCACCGUUAUAUCAAAUUUUUUGGCCUUUCUCCAAAAGUUAACGUUUGUAGCAUAUUUUUUGAUUAUAUAUUUUUAAUGACCUUAAUAACACAUUAAAAUUUUUUAAAAGGUAAUAAGUACGAUGAAACCGGUAUUUUAUUUUGACAGUCUGCAGUUAUUUUACAUAAUAUCGAAGUGAAUAAUUUAUACCGCUUUUUAAAAUAAAUCUGUGUUUAGGGAAAUUUUUACGUAUUUUUACAAUUAAAAAUGGAUGACCCUUCAGUAACUUUUUCAUCAUCACGAUUGGAAUCUCCAAGGCAUGUCAUACCAUUUGGAAGGAGAAUAGCUUACAGUUUUGGUCAUAUUUUAAAUGACCUUUGUGCAUCUAUGUGGUUUUCUUACUUACUCAUGUUUCAACAUAAUAUUUUGGAACUAAGCAAUCAAGUUGCAGGAAAUCUUAUGUUAUUAGGACAAAUUGCAGAUGCCAUAGCAACACCAUUUGUUGGCUAUGAAUCAGAUCGACCAAAUGAUAUGUGGUUAUGUAAAUAUGGAAGAAGAAAAGCAUGGCAUUUGGUUGGUACAAUUUGUGUGGCACUAAGCUUCCCAUUCUUGUUUUCGGAAUGCUUUGGUUGCUCAAAUUCUUCUCAGUAUGCUAGGUUCCUUUAUUAUGGAGCAUUCAUUGUGAUAUUUCAGUUUGGCUGGGCCUCGGUGCAAGUUUCUCAUUUAUCCCUUAUUCCUGAUUUAACACCUUUAUCUUGUGAAAGAGUUGAAUUAAAUUCGCUCAGAUAUGCUAUGACAGUUCUUUCAAACAUAGCUACAUAUGUUUCUCUACUUAUAAUUUUUGGAGUGAGUGAUCCUGGAGAAAAGCACACUGGUCCUAGCGAUUUGCCUAUUUUUAGGUAUGUCUCUCUUUCUGUGGUUGGAGUUGGAUCGUUAUUUUCUGUGUUGUUUCAUGUGUUCACGAAAGAAAAAGAACAUCCGCAAUUUUCUAUUCAACAACAAUGUUUGAUAAAUGAGGCUAGUGACAUGAUUGAAAAGCCUCAUUUAAGAUGGAAAGAUUGGUUUUCUCAACCACAGUUUUACAUGGUUGCUCUAUUAUAUAUGUCUACAAGACUCUAUGUAAAUUUAUCUCAAGUUUAUAUGCCAAUGUAUAUAGAAGAUACCCUUGAACUGCACAAAACUAAAAUAGCCACUAUUCCCCUUGUUAUAUUUGUUAGUGGAUUUUUAUCAUCUUUCAUUGUAAAGUUCAUGAGGAAAUUAUUUGGAAUUAAGUGUACAUACUUUCUGGGCUGUAUACUUGCUAUAAUUUCAUGUAUUUGGAUCUAUGUUGGAGAAGGAGAAUCUUAUGGAAAUUAUCAUUUAUAUGGUGUUGCUGUUUUGAUUGGUGUGGCUGGGUCAACACUUCUCAUUAUUUCUUUAGCAUUUACAUCAGAUUUGAUUGCAAAUAGUACAACCAGUGGAGCCUUUGUAUUUGGUUCUAUGAGUUUUGUUGACAAACUCGCUAAUGGUGUUGCUGUUGUCAUCAUCCAGCAAAUUCAUCCUUGCAUAUCUUGCUGCACUGAAUGCAAGUUUUUUUUCAAAUAUGUUUUGGUAUUUUCUUGUGGAGGAGCUGUUUUACUUGGUUUGAUUGCUCUAGGUUGCUUGCUUACCCAAUCAGUUGGAACCAGAAGAAAUGAAGAACAACUGCAUAGGAAUUCAAUUAUCAGACAUAACCGCAGGAUUGGAAUUCCUUCACAAAAAGAAGAUAAAGGACUUUUAGAUGACGAUUCAGAAUCUGAUUCACUUUUAACAUGACAUAUCAGACAUUUAAUUAUGAAGAAAUACCUUUUAAUGAACAAUUUUUCUGUGUUCUGCAAGUAUCAGAGCUUUCAAAUUUUGGAACAUUCCACUUUAUUGUUUGUUCUGUUUUUGAAUGGGGAACAUUGCUUGAAAUUUACUAUCAGUUUUAUUUAAAACAUUUGUUUUGUUUUUUUACUUUUAAUAGUUUAAUUAGAUCUACAGAAAUUUCUGUUCUUGUUAUUUAGUUUAUUUAUUUUUUGUUUUGUUCCCCAUUUAAACAAGUCAUCUUGAUGUGAUGUUGGAUGUGAUUUGUUUUUCUUUUUAAUAGAAAUAUUUAUUAUUGUUGGAAUGAGAGAAAAUUUUUAUUUUGCUGUAUUCCCAUAUUUUGCAUGACAAUGCAUAUGAUUUUCAAUCAAAUCAAUUUUCUCUUGUAAUUUUAUUAAUAUUAAUUUAAACUUUAGUUCUAUUCAUUGUAAUCAAUUCUAACCAUAAGUACAUUAAAUUAUAAUUCUUAAAUUUAUUUCAUAUUUAUAUUUAUAUAUAUUAUACUGUGUUUUCCCUUUUCUUCUAUUCAUCAGAUCUACCUGAAUUGAUUUGAUUAAUUAGUUAUUUUUAAAAAUUUGUCUUCCAUUUUCCAAAUAGAAAUAUAUCAUCUGUCUAGUGCUGAGUAAUGAACGAAUAAUCUUUUAACUGUAGCACAUUUGAAUGGUAUGUGCAUCAAAUUAUUGUAUUUGUAAAUUAAAAUUAAACUACUCUGUAAAAUUCAUAUUCUUGAGUGCUUUAUGAGGCUCAUAUUUUAGUUAAUCACAUUAAUGUCUUUCAAAAACUGAGCAUAUUGCAUAUUUUAUUGUAGGAAAACAAAAGAAAUCAAAGAUUAAAAUUCAGUAUUUAACCUAAUUAUGUAUUUUUUAAUAAUAUAAUCUUUUGCACAAAAAUUGAUCGUAUUUUUAUUACAAUAAAGUAGGUUAUUAAGCUGUAAAGUAAUGUUCUAAAAGAAAAAAAAAAGUGUGUAUAUAUAUAUAUAUUCCAUCUUAUGAGCAUCAUUAUAAAUCUUUUCAUUUCUUCAUUUGUAUAUUUAUUUUUUGUGAUAUUCAUUUGUUUUACAUAUCUUGGUUUCUUGCAGUUUUCAAUUAUAAGCAGUUACUGCCUCUGUUCCUCUCAGUUCCAUUGCCAACGUUUGUUAUACUAUUUUUAUUAAAAUUUAUCAAUUGUCAUAUACUUCAAAAGCAUUUAAGACUCAUUUAUCAAACUAUUUAUUUGAGAAUUAAGCUUGCAUUAAAUAUAUACACUAAAUUUUAAUAAUGUUUUUCAAGAAUGUUUACAUAUAAUUUAAAAUUGUAUAUGUAAAAAAUGCUCUGCUGAAUAAUAAAACAAGCAAUAGUUUUUAAAUCA